AUGAAAGUGCUCAAGGAAAGAGACGCUUUUCUAGCGGACUACGAGGUGCUCCAGCACCUCAACGGGCUCAAGGAAAAGUACAACUGGACUUUUUCUCCCCUGGAGGACAAAGACCCCAAAAACCGCAGAAAACGCUUCACUGGAGCUGGUGUAGAUUUGGAGGUCAUCACAAGAGAUAUCACGCAGUGCUUGAACAAACAGGCGGCUGGUGAGAUUCCUGAUGUUUCUGCCGUGAAAGAAAUCAUGACUUUCCUUAAUCAGUACGAGUUGGUCAAGGUAGAGAAACUCCAGAUCCUCAAUUCGUUGCCCAGAAGCAUGGUCCAUUUGUACGCCUUAGUGGAGGAGUGUGACCAGAGAUUCAGCGAAGAGGAAUGUGAAGCCAUCUUGGCAAAGAUCAACGAUGUUGUGCCUAAGCCCGAAGAAGAGCAGGAGGAAGAGGAAGAGGCGGAGGAGUAA